AUGACUAAAAAGUUAACCCCACAAGAGAAAUUGAAUAGAAAACCAACAAGUAGAGCUUGUACAUUUUGUCAUGAGAAGCAUUUACAAUGUUCAAAGGAAAGACCAUGUAAAAACUGUGUUAAAAGAAAUAUAGCUGAUUCAUGUCAAGAUAUUGUUAGAAAAAGAGUUAAAUAUUUAACCGGUACAACAAAAUCUAGUUCCAAAAGGAAAAAAAAUGGAACAUCUAUUGAACCAUCAUCAAGUCAAAUACAAUCAUUCAGCAAUUCACCAGAAACUGAAAUAAAGAUAGAACCACUACUGCAACAUCAACAAAGUUCAAGGGCUUUAAUACAACAUAAUUUAAAUCAACAAAAUCAUUUUCAACAAGAACUAACUAAUCAAUUAUCAAAUCAAAUACAGGAAACUUCUUUAAUAAAUCACCGAAUCCCCAUACCAAUAAACAAUACUCAAAGUAUACUACCCCAGCCUCAUCAACAACCACAACCUCAAAAUUUUGGUAUACAAAUUGAAGAUCCAAGUGUAAAUCAAAUAAAAGAAAUUUUGGACGCACCAGCUUUUGAUCCAACUCAAAAUGUCAAUAAUGCAAAUAGAAUAGACUUGAGUCCGUCAAAAAUACUAGAGACCGACCAACUUCAAUAUCAUACAAAUACAAUGCUAAAUACAACUACUGAUGUACUAAAUAAAUUACUCACAGAUUAUUAUGAAACUGACAGUAUAUUGCUGCAAAAUACUCAACCGUCAAGUUAUCAACCUCAUCCACAAUCUCAUGAAGAUCAAUCAACUUCGGUAAAAUUACAUCAAAAUAAUAAUAACAAUACUACUUUUAGUUCAAAUUAUCUCAAUGAAGAAUAUUUAAUGUUAGGAGAUAUAAUAUUACAAUCAAAACCAUCAUCACCAUCGCCUUCAAAUACAAGUGCUUCAGAAUAUAAUGAUGCAUUGAAUUUUUCAAAUAUUGACUUUGACAACCUAAAUCAAUCAAAAAAAAAAGUAGUUCAAAAAUUAAAAGAUUCUCGACCUUUUAUAUCACUUGGUUUUCCAAAGGAUUCAUCAUUAAGUUUAAAUAAUUUGAAUAAUAUGGCGGAUCAAACCGAUAAUUUACUAGAUAAUAAUGUAACAUCAAGAGGUAAUAGUAAAAUUAUCAAUUCCACAAAUCCAAUUAUAGAUUUUAAAACAAAAUAUAAAACAGAUUAUGUAUCACCAUUAGCAACUCAUCAAAUAUAUCAAACAGUAACGGAUAUUUAUUCAAAAGAUGUUUUAAAUUUUGAAUAUCCUAAUUCAUAUCAUGCACUAACUCAUUUUUUGAAAACAAGAUUUUCUGGCAAUAACUUAUCACCAGAGAAAAAAACUCAAAAAAGACAAAACCUAUUAAUUAUAUUAAAACUAAUUGCAAGUUAUAGACCAACAUUUAUAAGUGCUCAUAAAUCAUUAUUAAAACCUCAAGAUUUAUUAUUUUUAGAAAUGAGUUUUCAAAGAUGUUUGGUAGAUUAUGAAAAAUUAAGUCAAUUAAAUUCAUCUCCUACUAUAAUAUGGAGAAGAACAGGAGAAAUUGUAAGUAUUACUGAUGAUUUGUUAAGUUUAUUAGGUUAUAAAUUGACCGAUAUUUUAUCAAAAAGAACGUUUAUCAUGGAAAUAAUGUAUGAUGAUGAAUCUAUAGUAAAAUAUUUUCAAUUAUUUAAAUCUGUUGCUGUUGGUAAUUUGCAUUCAAGUAUAAGUACCAAAAUAAAAUUAAUAAAAAAGGAAAAUGACACUAAUAACAAUAAUGGUAGUAAUAAUAAUAAUAUGAAUAAUAAUAAUACUAAUGGAGUUUAUGAUACAAAUGGUACAACAAUAAGUAAUGUUGGUACUAAUAAUUAUAUUGAAUUUUGUUCAGUUUGGACUGUCAAAAGAGAUUUAUUUGAUAUACCUAUGCUAAUAAUAGGUCAAUUCUUACCAAUAUUACCAGCUGGUGAUGGAGUAAGAAUGUAUUAA